AAAGCUACCAUGUAAUGUUUACUUCUUUGGAACAACGGCGUGUCGUCCUUGGUUAACACUGCUGGAGAUCGCAGAUGCGGUAUCUAAUGUCGUAUAAAUUACAAUUUCCCUGCGAGACAUUCGUUAAAACCACGGAAUCCUAUUUGCAUCGGCAGUAUUAGUGGUUCAUCCUGCGGUCCGUGUUCACGAUGGCGAUGUUCCGCAGUUUUGUGUCUGCUGCUCAGCUCAGGCAGCAUCAGCAGCAAAAUGGAGCCGCAGCAGCCGCACCUGGGGAAAGCCUGGAGAGCCAGUUCUCCUGUCCCAUCUGUCUGGAGGUGUACCAUAAACCUGUCAGCAUCGCAAGCUGCGCCCAUACUUUCUGUGGGGACUGUCUACAGCCGUGUUUGCAGGUGACAUCACCUCUCUGUCCACUCUGCCGUAUGCCUUUCGAUCCAAAGAAAGUGGACAAAUCCUCCAGCGUGGAGAAGCAGCUCUCUUCAUAUAAGGCGCCAUGUAGAGGGUGCAGCAAAAAGGUCACCCUGGUCAAAAUGCGGUCGCAUAUUUCAUCUUGCACAAAGGUUCAGGAACAGAUGGCCAAUUGCCCAAAGUUCAUGCCUGUGGUCCCGACCUCACAACCCAUUCCCAGCAAUAUUCCAAACCGCUCUACAUUUGUGUGCCCGUACUGUGGCGCUCGCAACUUGGACCAACAGGAACUAGUGAAACACUGCAUGGAGAGUCAUCGCAAUGACACCAACAAAGUGGUAUGUCCUGUAUGUUCAGCUAUGCCUUGGGGUGACCCUAGCUAUAAGAGCUCCAACUUCCUGCAGCAUCUUCUCCACCGGCACAAAUUCUCCUAUGACACGUUUGUGGACUACAGUAUUGAUGAGGAGGCAGCACUGCAGGCAGCACUGACCCUCUCACUGUCCGAGAACUGAGAGUCUGACAUUAUAUCCUGUACCACAAACACAACCAUGUGAAGGAUCUUCUCACCUGUCUUGUUUUAGGCUAAAUAUUUUCAUUGUUCCUCUGUUUUUCCUCUCACUCUACCUCUCUUCUGGUCUAUAUUUCUGAGCUACACUCCAGCUAGAUCCUGAAGUACCUCUAUAGCUUGUUUGCCAGUUGCAUAACAGAUGAGCAAGCUUGUUACUUCCUGACAAGGACCUUCUGGUUGGCUGUCAUCAUCAUCAACAUUAUCGUAACCAUCAAAACUACAACCAACAAAACACCGAUGUAUGCAAAAAGUCAGUCAAAAGAAUAUAGAUAAAUAACACCAUGCUUGUUCUUGUUGUUCUUCCUAUUGUUUUCUGUCCAAAUGUGACAUAGACCCCAGCGGUGAAGUGAAAACCAGUACAGAAUCAGUUCAAAACAGUGCGUCAUGUUAAAGCGAAGUUGAAAAGUGAACUAUGUUGGGGUUGGCUGUCCUCUCAUCUUAAGGGAAUACCAAUAGAGAAUAGAGAGAAUGAAAGAUUGAUCUUCAGCAUCCUCAUCAUCACUCAUGUCAUCAUGUAUGGAAUGCGGAAUACCAUCUGCCCUUUUUAAUCAAGAGUUGAUGUGAAUAAUUGCACUUGUCACAGUUUUCUACAUGUCUGAAUUCUAGUAUCGUUGUUCUUUUAUAGUUCAAUAACAGAAUAUUGACCGACAGGACUGCACACUCUGCUCUUAACUUGCUACAGUAAUAUUUUCUAAAAAGCAUCAGAUAAGAUUAAAAUUUCUAUUUUUGGAAAAAAGUUUCAGUUUUAAAUGGUGCACUAAUAAUAAGACGGCAAGCUUCUAGAGGUGUGCUGAAAAGUUUUAUCUUUUAAUGUAUCCAUUCUGUUCAUCUGUUUCACUUACUAGUGCUGACUUCAAACCCUUUAGGAUAUUUUUAUUUAUGGUAUUCGGUAAUCUUAAUUUUGAUGCGAUGUGAAUUCAAGCGAUUUGGUCGGAAUAAGAUGGAUUUAUUGGGCAAGUUUCUUUUUCUCUCGAUCAUUUCCCGAUAAAAGCUUUUUAUUUAUCAUUCUUGUGCUGCCACAGAAAAUGAUAGGAAUUGUUCGCACACUUAAUGAUUAACAGGUAGCCAAAGAUUGGUUUAUUAGCAUGGCCUAGUUAGCCUGAUGGUUGAAUCUGUAAUUACAUCAUGAUUUCCAUUCAAAAUCAUGAUUUGAAUUCAUAGUGUAUUAUGAUUAAUACCAGCUUCUGCCACGAUUCUUGUAUUGACAGGCAUUCAUGUCUACUAAAUACAAUUAUUCCAACGUGACUUGAAAGCAGCAUUGAUAUGGAGAAACUUGAGAACAUCGUAACAGGAAGUGGAACAGUGUGUAGUUGUUUUGGCCACAAAGUCAUUCAGAGUGCAGACUGGAUUUCUUUGGUCUUUUAGGGGUUUCUGUACUUUGUAAGUGUUGAAUCUAAGCCUAUAUACAGUGAUGUUUAGAGGAGCAUUGGUGUGAUAGGGUUAGGUAUUAGGGAUCAGAAUCUAACAUCCCUACUUUGCAGACAUACCUAGCCAUGUCUUUAAGAUACACCUUGAGUUGACCGUUAGGAGAAAAACAUACUCUACCCAAGUACACAAAUGUGAAUGCCAAAGCAUAGCUCAAAGUCAACAUUCUUUGUUUUACUUUCUCUAAAAUUAUUUAAAACCAAACAAAGUAUUUAAAUAUGUCAAACCAAACAUGUUUCCUUGGAAGUAUUCAGGAAUUUUGGUGUUAUUACAGUGUAAUAACUUUGUCAUUAACAAACCACAGUACUCAGAAAGCGAUAGUCACCUUCAAAUUUCUGUGCUAUUAAACUGGAUGCAUUGUUAUGUAGCUAGCUAUAAACAUGUUGAGUUUUAUCAGACAAGAUUCUUGUCAAACUGUUGUUGCAUCUUGACCAUACUUGACACAAAAGAAAACUGCCCCUAGAAGAAUUUAUAUUGCGAAAUUGCAUUUACAGUAAUGCUGUGAAUAGAUACUUGUGUUAUGAAUUGCAUUUUGGAAUACAACUUGUAAAAAUGAACCCUGUGUACUAUAGCUAGAAUCAGUUGUGUUUGUGUACCUGCAUAGAGUAUGUUGCAGUGAUGUGCUCCAAGCUUCUGAGUUUCUGUGGCACGCAUAGUUUGGCAGAUUUUUUGAUGCUGGUGCAUCAUUACGCAUUUGAUAUAGAUUUAAUAACUCUGCCAGAUGUAAUGGUUUUAAUAUAUUUCGAGCCAAUCUUGACAAAAGAGUGGAAGUCCAUUAUGCCUGCUUGAAAAUGUUUUUCAGGUUACCAACUUUGAUGAUGUUUCAACUUGUGAUUCAUUUCUGUGUUGCUGAGUGUUUGUUUAAUAUGUCGCAAUAGAGCUAUUGUUUUUAUCUCCAUUUUGUGAAUUAUUGUUACUUUAGCAAGGUUAAGCGUGUCACAAUCAUUGUCUAAUCUGAAACUCAGUGGCCAGGAAUUAAAUCAGUUUGAUUUCCGUAAAGGUCUGCAGCAUGAGAGUGACUCUGCGUGACUUGGAAGAAAGGAACAUUUAUGAACUUGUGUGAUGUGAACAGUUAUUUGCUUCCAUAAAUAGCUUGCUGUCAGUUUCUAAUCAUUUAGAAAGUUUAAUGUGUAAUCACUUAGAGUGAUCUUUCCUGUAUGGUUUUCUUAAAAGCCAUAGUAGAGUUUGAAUUGAUUUCUUUAAAAAUAACACUGUGUCCUAAUGGCAUGACAAAAUCUUCCGUGCAAAUCAGAGUUUUUGUCUCUGAUUGAAUUGAUUUGUUUGGAGUUAUGAGCAUUGCCUCUCAGAGUACAAUCUCAAAGAUGUCGUCUCAUUAUUACAGUAAUUCCGAGCAUGAAUAAUCAUCAAAUUUGUUCUGAUUUUCUUUUGUGUUUUUGCAUUUUCACUUUCAGUAAUUUGUCACAUCUCAUUGGGACACAAGUGUUAGAUGUCACUUGUCUUUUGAUGUACAUUUGUACUGAAUACAGGGCCAUUUAUAAUUGUCUAAGGCCUUCUGGGUAAUGUUGAAAUGUCCUUGUUGGUAUUUAUUAAGAGGCCUGUUAAGAGGCUUAUACAUUCAUAGUAAAAGUGAUCACUUUUUUCAUCUUUUUUGAUUCAAUUGUACAUAAAUGGCAAAACUGCCACAUUUUUUGUGGCAUAUGUUUAAAUUUGGAUUAAGGUGUAAUCACCUUUUCUGCUAAGAAGCAUGUUAGAAACAUUGCACUUUAAUUAACUCGAAUGUCUUUUGAUGAUUGAGUAGGAAUUUUGUUCCAGUUAUUUAGCGUGACUAACUGCCAAAUGUAUUUCACAAGAGGCAGAUCAUUUGUCAUGUUAUUGUUGUGUGAAAAAGGUAGGUCAGGUUCAAAAACAUCAAACAUUUUCAGAAACUGGUAAUAUUGUAUUGUUAUUAGCAAAAGCAUGAUGGCAAAAAAAAGUCCUCACCGUAGUAAAAAACUAAGCAGAAAGAAAUUUUCAAUAGUUUCCAAACAAGUACUGAAAAUGUGUUCAUUGUAUUUGAUGGCAAUGUGUUUUUCAUUGGCUUGUUUUGAGGUUUUACAUGGUGUCAGUAUUUUAUGGUCUUGCUCUGAAAGAUUAAGAUGAAAUCGAAGAGUAGAAAGUAGAAAAAGACAACCGAGUUUCCCAGUAUCCUAAUGUUUUUACUCAAUGAUGUUGUUUUUUUAAGUGUCUAAAUAAUAGUGCUCAAACAAUAUUCAUGUGCACAGCUGUAGCAUAGUAUGAUGUAUUUUUUUUUAAGUGAAACUUUUGAUAUUGUACAACACAGCUCUCCAGUUCUAAAACCUUUGAGAAUGACCUUAAAAUUAAUAUUUUUCACUCUUUUUGUAUUGUAACAUCAAUGCAUACUGUCACAAACAUAGAGAACUUCUACAUUUCUUGUGUUGGUUGACAGCUGUCCACCAGAACAACAGAAACAAACAAUGGCUGGCUCACAUCAAGUUUCAUUUCUAUAUGAAACUUAAUGAAUGGCCAAGAACUCAAUGGAGAACAGCGGCUCAUUUUAUUUCUGGAACAGUAAACGCUGGACGCUUGAGGAUGAAACAUCGCAAACUCAUGGACGUGUAAUGGAUUCAGUACUCAAGAAUGAUGUUAUUGAAUGCACCCGCUCUGUGGCAUCAGACCAGGAAACUUUACUGAGAACCUGUUUGGUGGCUGCAGGACCAGCGAUGGUGUUUGCUCAGUGUGAUUAUGCAUUCACAACUAUGAAUAAUAAUGAGAUAACAGUAAUAACAAUGCUGAUGUUAAUGAGGGUGUGCAUUUUUGAAGCUGUAAUACUGACUGAGGUUUAAUAAGAUACUUACACAGUGUAUUUGUAGCAAUUUCCCCCUUAAUAAAAACACAGAUGCACCCGUC